AUGGAGGAGUUCGCAGUAUUAUGGCUGCAGCAGCUGGGCCAAGGCGACUUCCACGCUUUGGCAGGCCGGGCCUUGUGCGUUCUCGCAAGGGCGCACAAGGAGCUACCAACGAUUCUUGCCCGCAGCCGCAUUGGUUCUCUGUGGAUGCAGGAGGUCGACGCUUUGACUCAACGCCCCGGGCCUUUCACCUGCAGUCCAGAGGACUUGUCACGAUCCAACUGGCGCUUGGGUCAGAUGCCUUCAGAGGAUGCGGUAGAGCUGGUCCACCACGUGGUGAGCUUGUGCCCGGAGCAACGUCAAGCAGAGGAGUCGAACUCGGACUAUUUGGAGAUGUAG